CCCGAAUGCUAGAAUUGAUCGAAUACGCACCCAUGGCAUCGCAGGGCAACCCCACGCAGGUGCAAUGGAGCUAUCUGGUUAACCCAGAUAAAAGCCCUACUGCUCAGCUUGAACAACUGUGUCUGGGCAUUGCACUCUUCAUUUCAAACCUGACUAAAUCAAAUACUCGAGAUUUGAUGCCGGACAAACUCGCCGCCUUUUACCAGCAGGUUGGAGGGGACUACGACGAUAUCUUCCUACGCACUCCACCUGCCUCUCUAUCCUUUAUAUACCAAAAGCUAGGUUGCUUCCACUCACUCCAGCCGACGUGUGAUGCCUUUGAAGCGCCAACUAUUCCUGCUCUUCUUCCACAUGGUUUCGUCCGGUGGCAGACGAUUCAGCUUUUAUUGUGCCCUGAAGAGCAUGCCUUCUUUUUGCAAGGGGCUUUAAAGAAAUUCAAUAUCAUCAACCCCGCCACCGGCGAAGUAUUCCCUAAGGAAAUCCCAAGGUCAGUAUUUCCAAGUGGGCCAGACCCUGAAAUAGUGCAGUGGCAUGAAUCCGUGACGCAAAAGCUGGAACAAGACUUCUGGGCAAGCAAAAGUGGGAUUUUCCCUCGCCGCUCUUCGACAGACAAUCGACCAAAUCCGAAAGGCCCUCCUGGAUGUACGACUCGUGACUGCUUCUCUAGUGAGCAUCUAACAUCGAGAUCUGAGCAAAAUGUCCCUGCAGGAAUGGCUCCUCACCCAAACUUUCCAUAUCCCCGCUCGAGUACCCGGGUGAUGCCUAAUGACCCAUCGCCGCGGAGCAAAAGCCCGGACGAGAAUGCACGAAGGCGUGGCCAAAGUGGAAAUGAAUCAAGCACUGCAGUUAGAGAGAGCCGUUCUUCUCAGUCUUUUCGUCAUGGUCGCCCAUCACCCCCACAAGAGGGCAGACGCGGUCGGUCAUGCACACCAAGUGAUCUUCGCUGGUCGCAAGUAAUGUCUGACUCCUUGGAUUCGUCUGAAUCUGAGUCUGAGAGUGUACCUCCUUUCCGAGAACCUUACCGGCAUAGACCAUAUCCCACCGGGGCAUCUGAUCAACGUCGACAUCCCCACGAUGCCGGGAUUUCUCGUCAGCGUCGUUGGAGCAAAUCACCUCGCAGGGCCCAAGACUACGAUCCAAGACAAGAAAUACAAUCAGAUGAUUUUCCAAUGGACGGGCACUCUCGAAGAUAUCACUACGCCCACGCCUAUCCCUCAGACGAUGAAGAUGAAGAUGAAGACGACGCGGAGGAAGAGCUACGUCAUAACAUCCAAAAGGAGUUCAUACCGGUAUCAGCGCGACGCUACUCCCAUCAACUCAAUCAGGAGAGGUACACGGGGGAACCCCGUCCUCAGUAUGACUAUACCUACCGCACCACAUCAGCGCCAACUCGCAGAGCCCUUUAUCCUACUCCCCCAAAUCCAUCCACGAAACCUAUUCGACCACGGAGCAAAGAAUACCAGGUCAUCCACCCUGACUUCACCAAACCCGAUCCUCCCACAAUACCGGCAGCUGGCUUCGCCGGGCCCCCUCGACUUCAGUCGCACUCCAGGACUCCUCCAGCUCCAGGUGGUGUUACAUACACCCGAUACUAUGUUCCUCGAGUGGAAUCCGAGUCGUAUCAUGCGCCCUCACGGUCUCGUCACAGUUCGAGACCGAGGAACGCAGGGCGAAGUCGAAGUAGAGGCCCCGUAGAACGGCCAUUCUCAUUGUCGGGCGGCUUGAAGUAUCAGUCUGCUCCGGGGCCAGGAAAAAGGUGUCUUUUGCUGUUUCUCCAAACUCAAUUCAUGACAUGCUUCCUAUUUAUUCCAUGCUGUGAUUGA